ACGGCCCGCCCUGCAGGUAUAUAAGGACCCUGGAGAGCGACAGAGACCCAGCGCGGAGAGGGAGGAGCGCGUGGGGAGGAGAAGGGACCCGAGAAGCCGCCCAGACAGCAGCAGCCCUGUCAGAGCCUCAGCCUGCCACCUGGAAGAUGCCGAGAUCGUGCUACAGCCGCUCGGGGACCCUGCUGCUGGCCUUGCUGCUUCAGAUCUCCAUGGAAGUGCGGGGCUGGUGCCUGGAGAGCAGCCAGUGUCAGGACCUCACCACGGAGAGACACCUGCUGGAGUGCCUCCGGGCCUGCAAACCGGACCUCUCGGCCGAGACGCCAGUGUUUCCGGGGGGCGCCGACGAGCAGACGCCGACCGAGAGCCCCCGGAAGUACGUCACGGGCCACUUCCGCUGGGGCCGCUUCGGCCGCGGUAACAGCAGCGGCGCGAGCCAGAAGCGUGAGGAGGAGGCGGCGGCGGCCGACCCCGGCUUCCACGGCGAUGGCGUCGAGCCGGGCCUGCGCGAGGACAAGCGCUCCUACUCCAUGGAGCACUUCCGCUGGGGCAAGCCGGUGGGCAAGAAGCGGCGCCCGGUGAAGGUGUACGCGAACGGCGCGGAGGAGGAGUCGGCCGAGGCCUUUCCGCUUGAGUUCAAGCGGGAGCUGACCGGGGAGCGGCCCGCGGCGGCGCCCGGCCCCGACGGCCUGGGGUUCGGCCUGGUGGCUGAGGCCGAGGCCGAGGCGGCAGCGGCCGAGAAGAAGGACGCGGCCGAGAAGAAGGACGACGGGUCCUAUCGCAUGGAGCACUUCCGCUGGGGCACCCCGCGCAAGGGCAAGCGCUACGGCGGCUUCAUGAGCUCGGAGAAGAGCCAGACGCCGCUGGUGACGCUGUUCAAGAACGCCAUCGUCAAGAACGCCCACAAGAAGGGCCAGUGAGGCGCGGGCAGGCCUCCCCGCCCGCCCGCCAGCUCACGGGGGAGCCGCCCCGCGGCCCCCUGCCCGCCGGCCUUCCGGUGCCUUCUGCCUGUAGUUAGGAAAUAAAGCCUGUCAAUUCCGCA